AUGCAACGCGCUAGACGCCGACAACGCGAUGACGUCGAGCGGAUGAAAUUGACCCUUCAACAACUGGAGAAACAUUACCAGGCUCUGAAUGAAAAAUCUCAGGCAAAGCGCCGUCGCGCAAGCAGCAAUAACAGUAAUGGAGACUCGGACUCGAUGUCGCUAGAGGCAAACUACUGCGCCUUGGCGGAUCUAUCCCAUACUCUGAUGGAGGAGAAGUUUAUGCUCGAGCAAAUGCUCGUGGAUAAGCAAAAGACACAAAGAAGGUUCCAACAAGUGAUGGUAGAUCGAAAACAGGAACUGGAGUUGGAGUGUCCGCUUACGACUGACGACUCGACGCUUUAUUCGGAUUAUGAAUAUGUGCCCAUGACAGAAGACCAAGCCAAUGAGUAUAUACGCAACUGCUAUCAGCAAAUCGAGCCAUGGAAGAGACGUUUCUCCAAAUUUUUCGUGGGGAUUACACCACAACAAGCCAUGGUUAGUAGCUGGAUAAGGGACUCUAAGCCAACUUCUACCCCUUUCCGACGCAAAUUACGGUUUGAGGUACUCCAGGUUAUCAAUGACAGCACGUACAUCGCUGGUACUGACAUUGAACACCCUGUGCAACACGACAAGGUCAUGCGCAUGAUCUUCCUAAACUUCCGCAUGCAAACCGACAAGGGUUAUGUAAUCGGCCGCCACUCAAUCAACCCUUCGUCGCCCGAAGUGCGCGAAAUGGCCGAGAGAGACUCGAACUUCGAAUACGUCGAUAGCUCCAACUGGUACAACACACAAGAAGACAUGUACGUCCGCCUUGUGAACUCGAUAUCUCGCACGAUGAUCUGGGAGCUCGCUGUCGUUCCUUCGUCCUCGCGCUCCCUCCUCCUGCCCUCCUGA